CGACCGAAUAAAGUAGGCAUAAAAGGCAGAGCUCGAAGUGAAUUUGUGCGAUUUAUAUUAUUAAAUAUUUUUACACUUUUAUAGAACACAUUUUGUAUACGCUUUCACAGCCAAUUUACAGCGUAUCUCAACGAUAAGCCCAGUGCGUGCAUAUUUUUAAACAACAUUACGUAUCGCGGUAGGGGCCAAGAACAGACACAGCAAAAAGCAGAGCAAAGAAAGAAAGUUCUAAAAAUAUUUUUAUCGUCGUGAAAGUCGAUUUUAUUUCGCGCAGCCAAUAAAGCUUUAAAUUAAAGACCAGCGGCGCAUAAUUAAUUGCAAAAAUGGUAUUGAAAGUGUACGUCAGCGGCAUGUCCGGCAACAAGGAGGUGAAAAAACGCCAACAGCGCGUUUUGAUGAUCCUGGACAGCAAGAACAUUCAGUACGAUACCGUUGACAUCACAGAGCCCGGCAAGGAGGGCGAAAAGGAGCUGAUGCAAAACAAAUCGACUAGCAAUGGCGGCACAGUCAGCGAUCCAGAGCCGAGGCAUCCAUUGCCGCCGCAGAUCUUCAACGAUGACGAAUAUUGCGGUGAUUACGAUGCCUUCGAUAUGGCCAACGAGAUUGAUACGCUGGAGGUGUUCCUCAAGCUGGCGCCAGCUGAUACAACGGCCGUGAGCAGUGCUCAAAUCGAACUGAAGCAGGAGAACGGCGUCGCCAAGGAGGAGGAGGAGAAGAAGGCUCCAGCGGAGGGUGAAGCUGAAGCUGAAGCUGAAUCUGGCGCUGCCGAGGAAACGGGCGAGGCGGACAAGGAGAAGGAGAAGCCAGAGCAAAAGGAAGAAGAUGGCGAGCAAACGAGCGAAGAUAAGGAGAAAGCAGCUAAAGAGGGCGAUGAUGCAGACAAAAAAGAUGAGAAUAGUGAAGAAAAGACUGAAACCUCAGGAGAAUCCGAAUCCGAAGAGAAGAAAGCGGAAUCCACAGACAAGGCGGACGAUAAGAAAGAGAAAGAUGCAGAGGAAACCGAUAAAAAAGAUGGUGAAGGUAAGGAAACGAAAGAAACUGCGGAGAAUUCGGGAGACGAGUCGAAGGAAAAGUCCAAGGAAGAGAAGUCUGAAGAUGCCGAAGACGAAACGAAGGAGAAACCGAAAGACGCUGAAGAGAGUAAGAAUGAUAAAACUGAAGAUAAGUCAGAAGAGGUAGACAAAGAAACUGAAGAAAAAGGAGAAGAGAAAGUAGAACAAAAAGAAAGUGAAGAAAAAGAAGAAGAACAAAAGGUAGAAGAACAAAAAGAAGCUGAAGAAAAAUCCACCGCCGAUUCAACUCCAGAGGAAGCGAAACCGGAAGACUCCUCAGCGGAAGAAGAGAAAGAAAAAGAACCGAAAGAAACUUCAGAAAGCGCAACAGCCGAAGAGGUUGAAGAAUCAGAGAAAGACGAAGUAGAGGUGGAAGAAUCAGGCAAGGAAAAAACGGAAGAUGAAGUAAAAGCCGCCGAAGAAACUGAAGCAAAAAGCAAAACUGAUGAUGCUACAACAGAAGAGCAAGAAGUCGAAGAAGAAAAGAAAGAAGAAGUUAAAGAAUCAGAAGACAGUUCCGAUAAUAAGGUUGAAGUUGACGAAGAAUCGAAAGAAAAAACAGAAGAGAAAGUUGAGGAAGAAUCGAAAGAAAAAACAGAAGAAGAUAAAGUAGAAGAAACUACGGAAGAUAAAGUAGAAGAAACUGCGGAAGAUAAAGUAGAAGAAACUACGAAAGAAAAAGUAGAAGAAUCUGAAGAAAAACCAGAAGAAACUGCAGCGGAAAAGAAAGAGAUUAAAGAUGACGAAGCAAAAACGCCCUCCGACGAAGAAGAGAACAAAGAGGAGUAA